UGCUGUCAGGGGCAGUUGCCUAUUUCUCAUUCUUUCUGCACUUUGAAAUGAUUUGUAGCAGAUUCUGACUAACUAAUACCGAAAUUAAAAAGUGCCAGAUUUUAUAAUAAAUAACUUAUUGCAGAAGCAAUAUUUUGAUCAUGAAUUCUAAACUCUUUGAAUUUUUUGUAGAGAGCUGCACUGAGUUAUUGAUAAUGAAUGGUCAAGGACAUGAUAUAUUUGGAGAAGCAUAUGAAGAUGUUCUGGAAGUUUUGCAUGAAAAUUCCCUUGAGCUACAGACUCCAGAAGAGUGUAAGAGUCACAUCACCUUUCUCAGUCCCUACUCUCCACUGAGAGAAAGUGAGAACUGUUUCACAUAUUCACAUGGAGAUCCAACAGCCUGCACCUGGAGAGAUCAUAUGAUAAAUACUCCAUACCUUCACGAUGAGGACUGUUUAUAUCACAACAUGCCGAAUAUGCAAGAAGAACAAACUCUACACAUGGUGCAUCCCAGUGCACCUCCACAAAAACACGGGAGUAAAAAGCUCCGGCUCUUUGAGUAUCUUCAUGAAGCUCUGCAUGAUCCAGGCCUAAUGAAUUGUAUCCAGUGGGUGGACAAAGCGAAUGGUGUCUUCCAAUUUGUUUCUAAAAAUAAAGAAAGGCUAGCAGAAUUGUGGGGCAAGAAGAAAGGAAAUCGUAAAAUCAUGACUUACCAGAAAAUGGCCAGAGCCCUAAGGAAUUAUGGCAGGACAGGAGAAAUUCUAAAGAUCAGAAGAAAGUUAACGUAUCAGUUCAGCGCUAUAGUUUUACAAAGACUUUCACCAGAUUGUUCAUUGGGAAAGGACAAUGUGUUUUACCAGUAUGUUCAACCUGGAGUAGAGUACUGGAGUAACCGUGAAUGUUGGGAUAACAGCAGAUUUGUAUAUAGCAGUGGGUAUCAGGUCUACCCUCAGUUCAGCUAAAUGACACAUUAUCAUUACAUUUUUACCAGACUGGGAUACAUCAAAAUGAUCACAAACCUAUUUACAGGCCUGCUAUAUGUUUUUUUGCCAAUUUAUGUUCAUUAUUAGGGAUUAACUAUGCUGGCAUAGUUUUAUGGUAUUCGAAAACAUAGAGAUUUGUCCCUGUAAGAGCAAAUUCUAUUUACUGCCCAGCGAGGCUGGUCAAACCCCUAGUGAUGUCAUGCUAUGUUCCAGGAUGAAUUCUAGGUUUUUGUACAAAGAUUAUAGCAUAUAGUGUUAUGUACAUAUUUUCUGGCCCCAUAAGGAUAUAACAAAAGCCAUGGGUCUAGAUGCAAAAUUUGCAUAAGGGCCCUACCUUUUAUACCCUAGCACUCUGGCUACUUAAAGGAAGUAGACAUGACCAGUUGAUGUGAAGAAGGUUUGAUGAGUUUAAUUCCAGCAAUAAUAUUUUUAUUUGAACUAGCCUAUUGCUUACAGUAAAUAUCACUCAAGUUAGUGUGGGACUAUAGCUCCCAGUAUUGUCCGAUUCACUGGCCCAAGUCAUAGUAUAAUGUGGAAUUCAUAUUCUUAUAAAUGCUCUAAUAUUGGCUUCUUCUUUACAGUGCAUUAUAUUUUCAAUCUAAAAAUAAAAAAGAUGAAAAACUGAAUGUGCAUUUCUACUGUGUAUGUACUGUGAAUGUUGGCACAGUAAAAUAACAUAUUUGUGGAUUAUACUGCAAAUUCCUUUUCCCUUUAAAUAUGAUUUUUCUUUUGUUAAUUGUCAAUUAAGAAAAAGAAGCAUACAAUUUAUAUUUAGACCUCAUGGCGCUGUGUUUAAAUAAAAAAAACCUGUUUUAUCCGUGAA